AUGGAUUCAGUAUUUAAGGUGCAGGGUUUUUCUGAUAAAAAUGAAGAUAAAAAAAUAAAAGAAAAAAUUAAGAAGCUGGUUACUUCUAUAAUUAACGAACAAGAAGAUUGUACUAUUGAAAAUCAACCAGUACAAGAAAAAGAAACCAAUAAAGAUGACUUAAAUCCAUGGUGUAUUUUUGAUCAAUUAAUUGGAGAUGGCUCAUCUACACAAGUAGUGAAAAGUUCAGCUAUGGAUAUAGAGAAAAAUGUUAGUAUUAAACAUAAACCAUCCACUAUAACUGUACUUCAGGAUAUUACUAUUACUCCUGUUAAAAACAACAUAUUCUAUGAAGAACCUGAACAUGUAACUACACGUCCAGUAACACCACUUAGUACAACUCAAGUGUCACAACAAUUAUUAGUGAAUACUCCCCGAAAAAAUGUGGCAAUUAAAAAGCUAAAAUCCAGAAAAGCAGAAGGAGAAGAUGGAAUAACAGGUGAAACACUCAAAGCAAUAAGAGAAUUAGGGACGGAAGUAAUGCUUAGAAUUUGCAAUGAGAUUUGGAAUACCGGAAAGUGGACAAAUGACUGGGCUGAUUGCAGUAAUUACCGCACAGUAGCAUUGAUAUCACACGCGAGCAAAGUACUUCUAACCAUCAUUAAUAAAAGACUAAAAUUAAUUCCCUUACCACAAAUUCCCCAAGAACAAUGCGGAUUCGUCCCAGGUAGAGAAACAAGAGAACAUAUUCUUAAUAUUUGUCAAAUUAUCGAAAAAUCUCGAGAGUGCUUAGUUGACUAUUCCAAAGCCUUCGAUACCGUAAAAUGUAAUAAAAUGUGGCAUACACUUAGUGAAAUGAGUACAGCUGAUACAGCUAAUCUAUUUAUUACAAAAACUAUAGUUACUGCAACGAUACGAGGAAGAAAAAUUAAAAACCUGCGUUAUGCUGAUGACACUGUUAUAUUGGCGUCAUCACCAGAAGAACUGGAACAAAUUGUGAAUAGGCUAGGCACGGUGAAUACGGAAUAUAGUUUGAAAAUAAAUAUGCAGAAAAGCAAAGUGAUGAUCAUCGAUAGAAUCAGAAACAACCAAUCAGAGAUAAAAAACAUGACAGGUUACGAAUGGAGGAUGCGAAGACAAGAUCCGUCGACGCACACAAUGGCCAGAUCGGCAACAGCUAAACUCACAAAAAUUUGGAAGAACACUGGCAUCACAAAAAAUACAAAAUUACGCCUUGUUCGAGCAUUGAUAUUUCCUAUCGCCACCUAUGCUUCAGAAACUUGGACAAUAACAAAAGCCGAUUCAAAGCGUACAAUGGCCUUUGAAAUGUGGGUCUACCGUAGAAUGCUGCGCAUACCAUGGACCGCUUAUCGCACAAAUAACUCAAUUCUAGCAGAACUUAACAUAAAAUUAGAUUCAUCACAACUAUCAACCCAAACAUACUGA